AUGGCAGCAUCCAUGAUGAAAGCUAUCGUUGAACACCAAAGUGUGUCACAAAUUUUGACCUGUAUUUAUGCAUUCUUGUUAGCGGCGUGGCUUAUCGCAAUGGAAACCAAAUCAAUGGAUAUACCUAUAUAUUACUUUAGAAUCUUCACACUCUAUCGAGGUCCAGGCAUUUUGAAUCUCUCAUUCGGAGUCAUAUACUUUAUACUAUCUUUCGUUCCAGGUGCACCUACUCCAAGGCAUGCGAACGAGAAUUGGCAGAAUUGGAAAGAAUAUUCCGCAGAAGGUUUGGAUCUAGAACGACCACCUACUAAACAGGAUGACAACAAUCAAGUAAAGUUUUUAUUAUGUUGUUGUUGUUGCCUUUGUCGAUUGAGAGACACGCGUUAA